AUGUCCAACUCGCUCGAUCAGCUCAAGGCCGCUGGCACCACUGUGGUGUCUGACUCUGGCGACUUUGAAUCUAUUGCCAAGUACCAGCCUCAGGAUGCCACCACCAACCCUUCCCUCAUCUUGGCCGCCGCCAACAAGUACCCCAAGUUGAUGGAAACCGCCAUUGCCUACGGCAAGGAGAAGGGUGGCGACAUCGACUCCCAGGUCGACCAUGCCCUCGACCGCCUCCUCGUCGAGUUUGGCAAGGCCAUCCUCAACACACUUGAGAAGAAGGACGGCAGGGUCUCUACCGAGGUCGACGCCGCUUUCUCCUACGAUACCAAGGCCACAAUUGGCAAGGCUCACCACAUUAUUGACCUCUACAAGGAGCAGGGUGUCGACCCCAAGAGGAUCCUCAUCAAGAUCGCCUCCACCUGGGAGGGCAUCCAGGCCGCCAAGGUCCUCCAGUCCGAAGGAAUCAACUGCAACCUGACUCUCAUGUUCUCUUUGCCCCAGGCUAUUGCCUGCGCCGAGGCCGGGGCCUUCCUGAUCUCUCCCUUCGUCGGCCGCAUCCUCGACUGGUACAAGGCUCACGAGAAGAAGGAGUACACCAAGGAGGAAGAUCCUGGUGUCGCCUCGGUCAAGCAAAUCUUUGAGUACUACAAGACCUCUGGCCACCCUACCAUUGUCAUGGGCGCUUCGUUCCGUAACAUUGGUGAGAUUACCGAACUUGCUGGCUGCGACUACCUGACCAUUUCUCCCAACCUGCUCGAGGAGCUCAUCAACUCCACCGAAGCUGUCCCCAAGAAGCUCGACGCCUCAAAGUUCGCCUCCGCGGAAGCCAAGGCCAACUACAAGAACAAGUACAUCAAGGACGGCAAGACUCUCAGCGAAGACAACGAGGCUCAAUUCCGAGCCGACUUUGAGAAGGUCCAGAUGGCCGUCGAUAAGCUAAAGGAGGGUAUUGACAAGUUUGCCGCGGAUGCCGUCAAGCUUAAGGGUAUCAUUAAGGAGAAGAUUGAGAAGCCUAGUGCUUAA